AUGCUCAAGCUUGUCGCCCUCACUCUCCUCGCCACUUUGGCUUCUGCCCGACCACAAGACGUCGAUUCCAACAGAAUCGUUGCUCUUCCUCAAGAUGAUUUGGAUGUUUCCGCAAUUGUAUUCGAGAAGAUCGAAGUGAAGCCAGCCCCAGCAGUCGUCAGUGUUGAUGCCUCUUAUGCCUAUGGAGUUGAUCUUGCUGUUCCUGCCACUCUUGCUCAGAUGAACUGCCUCAAGACUUCCAGAUAUGCUGCUGUUUUCCUCAGAGCUUUCGCUCCAACUGGAUCUGGAGUUUUCGAUACUACUUCUGUUAACAACAUCAGAAAUGCCUAUUCCGCAGGACUCGGAAUCGAGGUCUACAUGACUCCACAACCACUUUCUUCUCUUCAAGGAUACCAACAACUUGAUCUUCUCUACAACGGACUUACCAACAAUGGAAUUACCAUCAGAUCUGUCUGGAUUCAGGUUACCUCGCCAGCCAACUGGCAAAAGUCUGCUACCACAAAUGUUAACUUCAUCAACAGCAUCGUCUCUCGUGCUAAACAAUACGGACUCACCGUGGGAAUCUACACCAACCAAUACGAUUGGAGCCAAAUCACCGGAAACUGGGCCACUUUGAGCUCUGACGUUCUUCUCUGGUACUGGCACGUCCUUGGAGGAGGUGUCACUGGAGAGACUCCAGCUACUUUUGAUGACUUCCGCGCCUUCGGAUCCUUCAAGAAGGCUUCAGUCAAACAAUUCGCUCAAGUCGAAUCUGUAUGCUCUCUGACUGUCAACCGUGAUGUGUAUGCUGUCGGAAUCCCAGCUGCCGCUUCUUCUUCCAAGAAGGCCAUCACCGAGAACAGCAAGAUUUUUGUUGGAGGAGUUGUCGGAUUUUAA